AUUAUUUUACCAUUUGCGUUACAUGAUGUAAUUUAUAAACCCUUUUAAACAAUGAAUAUAUUAUAGAAGUAGGGUUUGUGCAAUUAACUGUCAAACAUGAGUGAAUCAUUGUUCACUGAAACACCAAGGUUUUCCAAAGGUGUUCAGUUAAUCAAUGAAUUAGAUAUUGACCGGUUUCCAAAACUCCUCACCAGGAUUUUACAAAAUCUUCACAAUAAAGCUGAGCCCGCAUUCAAUGAAGCAGAACAAGUGAAGUUGGGUCCAGCACUUAGUUUGACAUCAUCUGAACUUGUUCUUGUCAUUGAAACUUUGACUUUCAUUUGUCAGCAGGCAGCUUACCAUGCAACUAAACCUGGCAUACUGAUGACAGAACUAGAAGCUGUUGCAAUCAAUUCAGAUAAAUGUAAAGUUAUUUGUGAAGGUUGGUCUGCUCAUGGAAAACCCACGAUAGAAAAACUAAAAAAGCAUUCCUUUGCCCCAAAACAGCUUCAGAGUGUUGAAUGGCAUUUAAACCUCAAACUUGCUCAAGACUCGAAAUCCAACCUAAAAGAACCAAACGCGAUAUUUCAACUUAAUGUUGAGAAUAACGACAACGACGGGGUGCCAAGUGAACCUGUUUUACUCGAGUUCAAUCAUUCACAAUUGUUUAAUCUUUACAACAAGUUGGAAGUUAUACAAAGUCAGUUGGACUCUCUAAGCUGAGGAUAUCCAAGAGUUUUGAACUCAGUAACAGAAGUGCAAUAACCUUUAAUUAGGUCUUCUAUUUAACUAUUAUACAUGAAGCUUGAAAUUACGUUUCAAAAUUCGAAAUUUUCCAGGGAGUUUUGAAAUAUGGUGGAUUUCUAGAUAUUCUUACACAAAUCUGUAUUGUUUUUUCCAGCACAUGUUUAAGACUUGUCUAUUCUUUUAAAUACAAUCUUGCAGCAUGACCCAUUAUUAUUGGGCACAUCAAGUGAUCCAGAAAUACAUUUAUUGCUUGAAAUU